CCCCGAAUUUCCUUGCAUUUUCUUUCCAGACAAACGGCACAUCUCUCUUUUCUUUUGGCCUUUUGUUUCUCUAUUGGUGUCUCUGCCACAUCUUCAAGCUCUCCCCCAAUUACGCCAUCUCCAAUCCAUCUUUAGUACCGACUUCUGGGAAGAAAGAAAAGAAGUGUAUAGUAGUCCCUACUACUCAUGAAUGGAUAUGGUGUAAUAGAGCCUAAAAGACAAAGUACAACAACCCAAGGGGUAUUAGCCAGGUGUCAACUGUUACAGAGAAUACAUCUACCGAGUGUCUUGUUACAUGUUCUUCCAUCUUCCUCGGCACUCGGUCGUUUACUUCAGAAUAUCCUCCACUGACCCGAUUUCUUAUUCUAAUACAAACAACAAAUCUCUCUGUUUUCAUCUGUUUAAAGUUCUCUCUCUCUCUCUCUCUCUCUCUCUCUCCAAGUCUGAUUAAUGUUCUUGAUUGUAACUCCCUUUUAUCUUUGAAAAGAAAAAAAAAAAAAAAAAUGACAUUGAAGAUGAGAAAGGAGGAAUGACUAGAAGCAGAUUGCAAGUCAAGGAAAAUGCGAACGCUUUGCGACGUGUGCGAGAGCGCCCCUGCCAUCCUUUUCUGCGCCGCCGACGAGGCUGCUCUUUGCCGUGCCUGCGAUGAAAAGGUCCAUUUGUGUAACAAGCUUGCUAGUAGGCAUGUACGAGUUGGUCUUGCUGCUCCCUCUGAUGUCCCGCGCUGUGACAUAUGUGAAAAUGCACCUGCUUUCUUCUACUGUGAGAUAGAUGGCACUUCACUUUGUCUGCAAUGCGAUAUGAUUGUACAUGUUGGUGGCAAAAGAACCCACGGGAGAUAUCUCCUACUGAGGCAGAGAGUUGAGUUUCCAGGGGAUAAAUCUGGCCGUUUGGAGGAACUAGGGCUGCAACCCUUUAUUCCAAAUGAAGCAAGAAAAGAGCAGAGUCAGCCACCUAAGCUCAUGGCAAGAGAGAAUCAGCAGAAUCACAGAGUCCCUCUCAUUCCAGUGCUAGACAACAAUAUUGGUAGUGAUAGCAAGAUGGAAAACCAAAUGAUUGAUCUCAAUAGCAGGCCCCAACGGGUACAUGAACAAGUUUCAACCAACCAGUUGAACAGGGUGUGGAUGUUGGGAGCGGCACUAAUCAUGAAUCUGCAAGUCUGGCUCCUAUGCGAUCUCAAAGGAGAGCUGAAAAGUGAGCAAGCUUUACGGAUUGGGAAAAUACACUACAGUACAUGCUGUUCACUAAAUGCUACAGGAUUUGUGGGACUGCUACUGUGUGGUGGUUCGGUAUGAAUUUUUAGGUUAAUACAAAAAAACCACAACGUUACAAAAGCUGUUGAAGAGCUGUGUAUAUUGUAUAUUUUCUCUCGACAUGGAGCCUCCUUUAUGAGUUCGAAGGAUUUUUUUUUUACAAGUAAAUGCUGUUGAAGGUUGACUUAACUUUCGUUUGAUUUCAACAUUUUCUGAAUAUUUGUUUACUUGGGUACAAAAACAUCUGUUUACUUAAGUGAGAAAAGUAAGUUCUUGAAUGCAUGGAAUUUAACGACUGUAAAGGGGAAAGUGGCAACUAUUUUAAGCAUCCAGGCUCUUUUCUUAUAUAACGACCCUGAUGAAUCAGUAGUUGAAAGCAAUGAAGUGAACUGAGUCAGGCAGCCUUUUCUCCACACACACACACUCAUAUUUCAUAAUACUGGCUGCUACAUCUUUGCUUGUGACCAACUGUGAUAAACUAGCACAAGACUGAGUAAAACUUAUCCCAAGACAAAAGGCAAAUGUUCUCCUUACGUCUCCCCAAACACACAUUUUACAUGAACUUAAAUCUGACAGUUUUAAUUCUGAACUUGAAAGAGGAACUUAUCUCCCGUUGUAGCACUCGUGAUAUACUUAUAACGUGCAAUGAGUAGCUGUAAAUUGAGCCAUUGCUGCAUUAACCUUGGCUUGAAUUGCUUUGAUGAUGGUUUAUGUUUUGGUCCUAUCCACACUGCCCCACAGGAUACCGAUUACUGAGACCUUAACUUGCAAAAGAAGAAAUCAUUUUUUAAGCAUCAUUUGAAUCACUCUUCCAUUACCGUGGUGUAACACAAUCCAGCUAGUAGUAGAUCAACCAUGGCUAGAAUACCGUGAGAAAUUGAAAUUUUGAAUGGUACGCUUUGGCAAUGCACUAACGGUCAAAGAAAAAUUGAAAAUUUGGGGUGCUCAUAGGUCUGAAAGAAUUUAUGUUUGGCUGUUCUUGUGCCAACAACCAGAUCCAAAGAUUAAAUCAGCUUCGUGCCAGCGGUAUGAGAUCAACCAGUGAGAUAUACUAAUGCUUUCUUCUGCGACACCCCCCAUCUUACUAACUUAGCUUGAUGUUGGAAUACUCUGACCAGUGGCAUUGUUCGAAGAUGACAUCUUCUAAACAGCUACACAGAACUAAUCAAUGGUAAGGAGGAGUUGAUUCUAGGGAGAAUUCCGGCCAGAUUUUAGAUGUUAAACAACAUAUCAAGUUCAAGAACUUUAGCUUGUGAUGAUGCAAAUUUAAGAACACAUGCACUACCUAAUCUCAUUAAGAAGGCUAUUAAGUAGCUAAAAGUACAUGUAAUCAUGAACAAAAAUAGUUUCCACGCUAUAAAGCACAGUACAAUCCAUAGAAACUAGUAUUUCAUUCCUCCAUCAUCAUCAUCAUCAUCUAUUACGUUUGGCACAAACAACUUAAUUAGUAGACAUAGCCCUUGACGAACAUGCC